GAACAGUUUGGGAAUAGCCCCUUCCUGUUCCAACAUGACUGCACACCAGUGCACAAAGCAAGGUCCAUAAAGACUCAUGUGACCAGUUUCUCUGUUUAAAGCAGUGUUUCUCAACUCCAGUCCUCAUGGACCCCCAACAGGUCAUGUUUUCAGGAUUUCCAUUAUUUUGCACAGGUGAUUUGAUCAGUUUCACUGCCUUAGUAAUUACCACAGCUGUUUCAUCUGAGGGAAAUCCUGAAAACAUGACCUGUUGGGGGUCCAUGAGGACUGGAGUUGAGAAACACUGGUUUAAAGGAUAGUAUAACUAAGAAUCUAUCUUUACAACA